AUGUCGACAUACAACCGCUUAGAAUACCCAUACGCGAUGGGCGUCGUAUCCGAGAAACAUACACCCUAUCGAGUCGCAUCCACCGACAGUCAUCUUUUGCCUGAAGGUCCAUCUCCUUACAAGACAUUUUAUACCUUCUCCAACUAUCUUUUAGGCUACAUCGACCAGUACGGCGCUUCUACUUCCACGGGCCACCACCCCGCCAAGCCCAUUGCUACGACCCCCUUGCACCUUCCCUUUCCUCCCUGCAUUAGCACGGCCCAAGCGCCAUGCGAUGUCAACAAGCCCUCUUCUUGGGUCCAGGAAUACUCAAUGUCCGCUGUUUCGCCAUUCUUCUCUCCUAACGAAACGAGAGGGUGGUCUCCCUUCGUCUCACUGUCCUCUGAGAUGACUCCAGAUCUGCUCUUCUCCUCGCCUUCAAUAUCAGACGACUGUCCGAACGUGUUUGAUAUUCAAUUCGGACGUUCCCUGCAUCAGCAACAAAAGCAGCGUGAACAACAACAAUCUCAAGAACCGCAGCUUCCACCCCGUUUCCCCGAGCAGUUUUCCUCCCCCCAACUCCGAGCUCCACCGACCAUCAACAAGUCUAAUAUUAAGACUUCUCCAUCUUCUCAAGACAAUGCUUCCACACGCCGCCGCCACCCAUGCCUCAUCCCCGGAUGCCAGAGGCGUUUUACAAGCCAGUAUACGCUCAAAGUACAUAUGCAGGCACACAAACCCAAGCCUCGUGUAUCGUUCGUAUGCACGCUCGGUUGCGGGGAGCGGUUCUCUAGGCAACACGAUCGGCUCAGACACGAAGUGGCGAAGCACAACAAGGUCUGCGAGUUUUCGUGCGAGGCAUGUGGGCGGUUUUUCUCCAUGGCCAAGACACUGGGCAACCAUAAAUGUCCUGUUGCGCAAGGUGAAACGAGAUGGGUCAAUAAUUAG